AUGACUGUAGAUACGCCCUCAUUUACCGCUAUUCCGGUCGUUGACUAUUCUCUCGCCACUUCCCCCACCACAAAACCCCAAUUCCUCGCCAGUCUGCGCCAUGCGCUGGUCCACGUGGGCUUCUUCUACCUCAUCAACGCCCCGAUCGCGCCCGCCGUCCGCGACGAGCUGAUCAAACAGACCACUGCCAUUUUCGAUCUCCCACUCGAGAAGAAGCUGGAGAUUGAAAUGGUCGACAGCAAGCAUUUCCUGGGAUACUCGCGACUAGGGGCUGAAACCACCGCCCGUCAGAUUGAUUACCGCGAACAAUUCGACUUUGCGACCGAGCUCCCUCCCCCGAGCCCAGACGCCCCCCUCUACCGCAACAUCCGCGGCCCAAACCAGUGGCCCGACGAAUCCGCCAUCCCGGGCUUCCGCCACGCCGUCGAGGCCUACCUGGCCGAAACCCAUCCACUAGCAGCCGCCUUCCGGGGCCUCAUCUCCGAAGCGCUCGACAUGGCGCCCACGGCACUCGACCGCUUCUUCGAGGACCCCAUCCAGCAGAAACUCAAGCUGAUCAAGUACCCGCCUCCCCGCGAUGCGUCCGAGUCGCAAGGCGUGGGCGCGCACAAGGACUCGGAGUUCCUCACUUUCCUGCUGCAAGCCACGCCGCACACGGGGCUGGAGGUGCAGAACAAGGCCGGCGAGUGGAUCGCGGCGCCGCCGCUGCCGGGCUCGCUGGUGGUGAACAUCGGCCGCGCCCUCGAGGCGAUCACGGGGGGCGUGUGCACGGCGACGACGCACCGGGUGAAUCUGGCAAUGGAGAAUUUUUUCGAUGCACAGGGGACGCCUCUCGGGCCGCGGUUCUCCAUCCCCGUGUUCCAGGGGAUGAGCCUGGAUCUGUCGGCGGAGAGCGGGGCCCUGGCCCUGGCGAUCCCGGCGCAUAUUCGGGAGCUGGUGCGCGACGAAUCGGUGCGGUCGGACGCGGAGGCGACCUUCAAUCGGAUCUUUAAAGGGAGGGUGGGCGAGGGCACGCUAAUCCAUCGGGUGAUGAGCCAUCAGGAUGUGGGGCGGCGGUGGUAUCCUGCGUUGCUGGAUUGGGCGCUGGCGGAGUAUGAGAAGUAG